AAUGCUAUUAUAUCAUCAUUAGCUUGUGUUUGAAGUCAAGAGCUCAGUAUGUGGCUGUCUGGAUCAGUGAGAUUUAUGGAGGUCAUUCUGUGGUUGGGCUGUGAGUGUAGUUAGGAUCAGACUAAAACUGGAUUAAGGGUUCAGUCUUGGACUCAGGGAUGAUCCCCACCUCCUCUGACUUGCAUUAAAAGUCUUCUUGAUGCCUCCUGCCUGUGGGGAGAUGAUUCUGGGGUUUCUGAGUUUGUGUCAGACAUGGAUAAAACCCCAAGGGUUCUAUCAAGCUGGAAAAUCUUUGAGCAGGGAAGGCAGAAGCAAAAGAUUGUCUAACCUCUGAGAUAGCCUGGUGAAUUCGGAGAAGCAAAUCUCCAGGAUGGCUGUGGGUAAUGGAUCCUGCUUGUUGACUUAAAGAUUAAAUUAUAGAGGGGUUGCGAUCUGAUGAUGAUGGAGGGAAUACCCACAUCAACAAAAAUUGCAAUCCUACACGCAUUGCGAUACGGGCUGCAACGCAGAUACAGCCAGGAAGACCCUGGUCUGAGCAGAGUUAGGUGGAGCUUGGAGCCCCUGGCCUGAAGGGGGAGUCUGGGGCACAAGCAGCGAGUCGUUCUCGGGAGCUACUCUGGCUGAUCUCAGGGCCUGAAGUACCGCUUCGGAAUCCCAGGCCAUCGCGGAACCCGUCCUGACAGCGCUUCACUGUAACUGCGGCUUCGCAAAGUCCAGAAUGAGACGCCCCUGUAAUAAGAAUACCUCGGACGGGUCCUUUCUCUCUGUCCAGGGGCUGUGGCCCCUCCUUCCAAUUAAGGACUAGCAGACUGGCCUUCCGCUUUUCCAAAUAUAUGGUCUGAGGAGGAAGGAGACCGUCUGGGUGCAGGCAGUCCCUAAAGCUGCCGGAAAGGAUCCAAGGGGCACGCGGAACUUAGACUGAGUCCAAAGGUCUUGGAAGUCCUGAGGCUGCGUCUAAGGUUACUUGUCUCGAGACAGUACUUCAGACCUGAGGGCUGGCGCUUCUGGGGGCUUCCUGCUUUAAACAGCUCUUUUCCUCGACUCCAAAUCUGCCUCUCCAGAAAAGCCGGAAGGGCUGGAGCCCGGGGCUGGGCGCCCGGCACUGGGCAGAGGAGAUGGGGCGGAACAGCACAGAUGCAGGGCCCCGGCCUGGGCUAGGCGGGGCCGCAGGAUCAGACCUUCCCACUCCCCCCGCCCCCCGCUCACCAAGCCGCUGGCUGUAGAGGAGAGGCCCCAGCGGAGUCAGGGAGGUGGCCCGGGCCCACAGCCAGGCCUCCAGCCGUCUCUCCUGAACCCCACGUGGCUUUUCCGAGGACACGGGGCCCCGGACCAGUGUCCAGUCAUGGCCCGCGGGCCCAGAGUGGGCAGCAUCCCGAAGCUGCUGCUGUCAGGCCCGGUGCUCAGGCGAGAGUCGGAGGCAGAGGACGAGGCUUUCCUGCCGGAGUCAUCCCCGGGCGGGCCCCCGAGCCUCCGGCUCACGCCGCCCCAUUCGCCUGUCUUCUUCUCGACUCAUUCCCCCACCUUCCGAAAGCGGCUGCAGCCCAGUCGCAGGCUCUGGGACUCCCACCGUCAGGCCCGGGUUCGCUUUGAGGUGGAGAAUGGACCUUCUCCCUCCCCAGGACGCAGCCCCUUGGACUCGCAGGCGAGCCCGGGGCUGGUGCUGCCCCCCAGCGCCCCCCAGAGCCAGCGCCGUGAGUCCUUCCUGUACCGCUCCGACAGUGACUAUGACAUGUCACCCAAGACCAUGUCCCGAAACUCUUCCAUUGCCAGUGAAGUACAUGAAGACUUGAUUGUGACACCCUUUGCCCAGGUGCUAGCAAGUCUAAGAAGUGUCCGAAGCAACUUCUCCCUUCUGGCCAAUGUGCCGGCCGCUGUUGGCAACAAGAAGUCCCCAAUGGGCAAUCAGCCAGCGGUGUACAAGGCCACGCUCUCAGAGGAGACGUACCAGCAGCUGGCCCGGGAGACCCUGGAGGAGCUGGACUGGUGCCUGGACCAGUUAGAGACGAUGCAGACCUACCGCUCAGUAAGCGAGAUGGCCUCCCACAAGUUCAAGAGGAUGUUGAACCGUGAGCUGACCCACCUAUCAGAAAUGAGCCGAUCGGGGAACCAGGUCUCGGAAUACAUCUCCACCACCUUCCUGGACAAGCAGGCUGAUGUAGAGAUUCCAUCCCCCACCCCCAAGGAGCAGGAGAAGCAGCUUCAGCAACGGCCACAGAGGCAACCCAUGUCCCAGAUCAGUGGAGUCAAAAAGCUCACCCACAGUUCCAGUCUCAGCAACUCCGGCAUCCCUCGAUUUGGGGUCAAGACUGACCAGGAGGAGCUGUUGGGCCAGGAACUGGAAAACCUGAACAAGUGGGGCCUUAAUAUCUUCCAAGUAGCUGAGUUCUCCAAUGGCCGUUCGCUAGGAUGCAUCAUGUACACCAUAUUCCAGGAGAGGGACCUGCUGAAGACCUUCAAGAUCCCAGCGGAUACACUAGUGACCUACAUGCUGACUCUGGAGGACCACUACCACGCUGACGUGGCCUAUCACAACAGCCUGCAUGCCGCUGAUGUCCUGCAGUCCACACACGUGCUUCUGGCCACACCAGCACUUGAUGCUGUGUUCACAGACCUGGAAAUCCUAGCUGCUUUGUUCGCUGCUGCCAUCCAUGAUGUUGACCACCCGGGGGUCUCUAACCAGUUCCUCAUCAACACAAACUCAGAACUAGCCCUGAUGUACAAUGAUGAGUCUGUGUUGGAGAAUCAUCACCUGGCUGUGGGCUUCAAGCUGCUGCAGGAGGAGAACUGUGACAUCUUCCAGAACUUGAACAAGAGGCAGAGGCAAAGUCUUCGCAGGAUGGUCAUUGAUAUGGUGCUGGCCACAGAUAUGUCCAAACACAUGAGCCUUCUGGCUGACCUCAAGACCAUGGUGGAAACGAAAAAAGUGACAAGCUCAGGGGUCCUGCUGUUGGACAACUAUACGGAUCGAAUACAGGUCCUUCGGAACAUGGUGCACUGCGCUGAUCUCAGCAACCCGACAAAGCCACUGGCACUUUACAAGCAAUGGACUGACCGCAUCAUGGAAGAGUUCUUCCACCAGGGAGACAAGGAGCGGGAGAGAGGCAUGGAGAUUAGCCCCAUGUGUGACAAGCACACGGCAUCUGUGGAGAAAUCCCAGGUGGGCUUCAUCGACUACAUUGUGCAUCCCCUGUGGGAGACGUGGGCGGACCUGGUUCACCCCGAUGCCCAGGAGAUUCUGGACACGCUGGAGGAUAACCGGGACUGGUAUCACAGUGCGAUCCCACAGAGCCCCUCGCCACCCCCCGAGGAGCCGCCUGGCCAGCCCCAGGAUAGGUUCCAGUUCGAACUGAUCUGUGAGGAGGACACAGCAGUCCCCAAGGCCCAGCUGGAGGGAGAGGACGAGUCAGCCCCCGAGAAGGGGCGGGUAGGCCCAGGCCAUGGCCCCCCAAAGGGCAGCCUGCCCGCCCCACCCUCCACAAGGCCCAUAAGUCCAGCCGGAGCUUGGAUAAUUCCGCAGAGCUGUCCCAUACCAGACGCCAUGGGGGAGGAAGAAGGGUGGCCGAGGGAGUCCACACCAGCCAAAGAGGAGCAGCAGCCAGCCAUAGUGCCGCCUCAGGAGCUGAAAGCAGAAGCAGAAGUAACCGAGGCCGAGGCCGAGACCGAGGCCGAAACCUCCUCCCAAGCAGAGGAAGAACCCCCCAGGGAGGCCCAAGCUUGAGCCAGUCUAGGGGACCCAGGAUGUCCAACCUGAGCUCCAUCUCCCCCUCCCUACGUCUUCCCCAGCCCUGGACUCCUCCACGUCCACCCACCACCUCAACCCGUUUCCGGAAGCAGCAGCAGCAAAAACUUGCAGUUUCGAAAAAAAAGAAAAAAGAAAACUA